UCUUGGGCGCAGGACGCAUGGAGGACGCGCGUACAAGCAUCCGAGCUGUCGCAUUUUCACGUUGAAUUACCUCAGUGAUACAACGUUUAAAUCCUUCAGAGUGUCCCGUAGAAAAAGUUUGGACUUUCCUUUGUUUUCUAUGUGCAAUUCUUUUGUUUUUGUCCUGAAGUACCGCGGGAUUUUUUUCUCUCCAGCGAAACCGGAGGUGUGUUUCUUAUGAUGCGCGGAUACCAUAGGAGUGUUUGCUCCACGCUUUGGAUCCAUAAUGUGAGGAUUUGUGUCGGAAUAAACAAGGACGCUGCGUAGAGGAAAAGCUAAACUCCCCAGUGUGACCAGUGAAGUUCGUUUCAAUCCCCCGAAGUGCGGAAUGGGGCCGUCAUCUGCGCUGCUUCUCGUCGCUUUUUUGGGCUGGGCUGAGGGUUCCUCUCUUCACUACUCAGACGGACGCUCCAGCCGCCUCUCCCUGGAGAAAACCUUUGGCCGGUCAGGUAAAGACUCCCAGUGCCACCACAUGUUGAAGCACCUUCACAAUGGAGCCCGCAUAACUGUGCAGAUGCCUCCCAAUGUAGAAGGUCACUGGGUGUCCACCAGCUGUGAGGUGAGACCAGGACCAGAGUUCUUAACGCGAUCCUACAGUUUCUACUCCAACAACACCUUCCAGGCUCACCAGUUCUACUACGAGGACAAUCACUGCACCAAACCCACCUACACUCUGGUAAUUCGGGGUCGUCUGCGCUUACGCCAGGCCUCCUGGAUCAUCCGCGGCGGCACAGAGGCGGAGUACCACCUCCACCGUGUCCAGAUGGUGUGUCACACAGCCACCGUGGCCAAAGAGCUCAGCCAGAGGCUCAACCACAGCUGCCGAGGGGCAGUGAAGGGUCCCUGGGAGCCCAAUGUGAUCUACGAACUGUGGAGCGAGGAGGGCGGCUACGACUGCUCCAGGGAGCUUAACUUUGCCAUGCAUGAGCUGCAGCUGCUGAGGGUGGAGAAGCAGUACCUGCAUCACAACCUGGAUCACCUGGUGGAGGAGCUGUUUCUAGGAGAUAUCCACACCGAGCCGUCGCAGAGGCUGUACUACAAGCCGUCCAGCUACCAGACCGCCCUGCAAAACGCCAAGAACCAUGACCACGGCUGCAUCGCCUGUCGUAUCAUCUACCGCUCUGAUGAGUUCCACCCUCCCAUCCUGCCUCCGCGGGCUGACCUGACUGUGGGUUUAUAUGGUCAGUGGGUGAGCCAGCGCUGUGAGGUCCGCCCUGAGGUCCUUUUCCUCACCCGCCACUUCAUCUUCCAUGACAACAACCACACCUGGGAGGGCCACUACUACCACUACUCUGACCCUGUCUGUAAACACCCCACCUUCACCAUCUACGCCCGCGGACGCUACAGCCGAGGGCUUCACUCCACCCGAGUUAUGGGCGGGACAGACUUUGUCUUCAAAGUGAACCACAUGAGAGUGACGCCCAUGGACUUGGCCACCACCUCCCUCCUCAACGUCUUCAACGGUAACGAGUGUGGAGUGCAGGGGUCCUGGCAGGUCGGGGUAGAGCAGGAUGUCACCGUAACAAACGGAUGUGUGGCUCUAGGCAUCCGGCUCCCCCACACAGAGUAUGAGCUCUUCCGCAUGGAGCAGGACACCCAUGGUCGCUACCUGCUCUACAACGGCCAGCGCCCCAGUGACGGCUCCAGCCCGGACCGGCCGGAGAAGCGGGCCACAUCCUACCAGAUGCCCCUGGUCCAGUGCUCGGCGAGCAGCCAGCCGUCCGACUACAGCCACGUGGACGACGACGACAGGCCUUCACCACGUAGCAAUGGCUGCACAGGAUGGCACACAUGCAGCCAGAAACACGUCGCCGUGGCUUUGGUUGCGUUCUCCGUGCUCCUUUUCUGGUGAACCUAGAGAGCAGUAUGGACUUUUUCCACAUAAAGACACAAGACAAGUAUGUGGACUACAAGAGCAGACUGGGAGACUGCUUGUUAGAACAACAAAUGUAAACUUUUAACUUUACCUUUCUUGUGAGAAUGAGGAUGAAAAUUGGUGCCCCGGAUCCUCUGAACUCCUCCCCAGCUACCAAAGACUCCAACACUGCUGCACCACAGAAACUGCACUUUACAGUGGAACCACAGGUCAAAGUCUCUGUGUUUCCACAAAUAUACAAAGAUGUCUAUAUAUCCACACAGACCUGAGAGUAUGUUUUAUACAGUGUAUUUACCUACAACUAUCAAGUCAUUUCUUGGUUUGGUGCUGCAAGAAAAGAAAAUAUGAUUUGAUUCUUGGAAACGUUUUCUACAAUGAACUCUGACAAUAAGCUCCUUGUCUUGAGGAGAUAUGCUUGUGAGUCACUGUUUACAGUAAAAGGGAACUACGUCACUUGUAUUAAAGCAACUUCUUUAAAUAUAGCCUGAACUGAGCAGCGGUUUUCUGUCAUCUAUUCCACAUAAAGAUCAUACUGUUGUUUUGGGUUUUUUUCGAUACAAUAAAACAUUCAUCUGCUGGUAAUUAUCUCCUGCUCAUAGCUACAUCUUCACUGGUUGACACUUGACCUUGUUUCCACUGGGGCUAUUUUUGAAAUUAUGUCCUACUCAGAUUGGGGAAAAACUGUACCUGGAAAAUUGGCAUCUACACAAGAGUUGCCUCAACAAGUGAAGACUUGAGAUACACUGUAAAAACGGAAAGAUUAUUAAACCAACUUAGGACAUUUUACUUUCAAAUAGUACUGGGUAAUAUGGCUAAAGUCAAUAAAAUAUUAAUUAGAAUAUCUGAUAUCAGUGUGGUAAAUAUAUGCAAAAACCACAUGAAAUAAAUCACUGCAACAAAUUUUGUUCUAUCUUUACAUGUGUAAAAUAUUAGUUUUAAAUUACAAUUUGUUUGGAAUCACAGGAGCUGCAGCAGAGUUUUGUAAAACAUUAACACAAUACGGCUCCACUACAUACCAUCAUCGGAGGAUACUAAAUUUUCACCUGGUCCUUUGUACAAUCCAUAGCUGUUACUUGCUUAAUUAUGUCACAGUGAAGCUUUGCGUUUAUACAUUUACACACUUUAAAAACAUAAAUUCUUUUUAUCAAAAUCUGGCACUUUGUGGGCAUUGUGUGCUUCACUUUUCUUGUCUGUGAAUGUUCUCAUUCAUCCAGGUCAUAGUUCUCUCUUUGAAAAUUGAAAAUCACUUUUCUUGGUUAAAGGAAUAAAUGUUACCAAAAAAAAAAAGACCCAAAAUUCAUGCAUUCAGCUCCUGCUUUUUUGGGGGGGUGCUAGUAUGGUCUAACUUCAUGAUAAAUCCAUAUGAACACAUACAUACAUACUAACUCUAAAGCAGGCUCUGAGUAUGACAUGUUCACACUGCUAAAGUGACAAAAUGAAGUAUACUCAAUCAGACAAAAUAAAUACAAAAUAUGUUUGUUUUUAUGUGUUAAGUGUAAAAUGAUUAAGUAUAACAAAUUUAUUUCCUACAUUAAACUCUAAAACAGUAUUCGAAGACAGUGUAGUAUGGAAUUAUAAAAAUUAUAUACUAUCAUUUAUUUUGUAGCAGUCAAUGUAAGACAUUACUGAAUAAAUCCAUUAAAAAAUCAAACAGAAAAAAAAACUAUUUUAAAUCAGUUUUCUUCAGUAAUGCUUUACAUUGACUGCCACAAAAUAAAUGAUAGUGUAUCAUUUUUUAAUCAUGAAGUUAGACCAAAGCUAGCCCGUCCCCGGAAAAAGCAGGAAUACAGUUGUGCUAAGAGGACAUUGAUUGAGUUGAUGUAUCAAAGUGUGGGAUAACUGUGUCUGUACUAUAAAAGUUCUUUUUUGCAGUAGGUCCGUCAUAUCAAAGACAAAAACAAAGAGGACCGAGGUCCAAUCGGGAAGUCUUUAUGUUAUGGUAAAUAUGGUAAAUUCCAGGGUUUUUUUUUUUAAUUUGAAAAACUUAAGUAAUUUCUUAAAACUGAAAAAAACUCCCUCAACAAAUUCACCACCUUACACGAAUAACUGUAUUAAAUCUGUGUAAUCAGUGUGAAAUAAGGACAGCAGGUAGAUUCUGGUAAUUACCUGUCCAGAUGUGUGGCUUCCUGAAAAAGUCCUCCAGCGAAGAAUCUGUGAAAGGAAAUAAGAACAGAUUAGUGCUCUUUGCUCCUCCAGGUGGUUUCUGAAUUUGAGAGUGGAAUAAAUCUGAAAUACCUCCACUGGGAAUAUGGCCAUCAGGUUGCGGUACAUUAUCAGCAAACAUCACUUCCCCAGUGGCAUCACAGAGGUCACAGGGAAGUCUUCAUGUCAUCACCACCAUCACCCUCCGGAUCGUGGACCCAGGACCUGUCUGGGUACUUACCAGCAUGCUUCUAGAGCACAUUAUCAGAACUGUGUUCAACGGAGAAAGGACACACAGGCCACCACAGCGUACUCUGUUCCUACAAUGGAGAAACUAAAUGACAAUACUUUCUUAGGGCCUGUUCGUUCAGUGUACCCAGACUAAAGAAUCUGUAUUAGGCUCCAAGAAAUGUCUUUGUAACUGGAAACAUGUAGAAGAUUAAAGGUUUGAUACUCCUCA